GACCUUGGUGGAUUAAAAAAACUUACAUUGCCCUUAUCUUUCGUUCUACAUCACUGUCCUAAGCGCGGUGUGCAUCUGGUAUUUUGUGUUGAGUCCUUACAUCGGUAUUUCAGUGCAAUCACCCCGAUCCUUGGUGGGAAUGGACAAGACGUCAUGACUUUAUCUGUCAACAACUUGGCGCCUACGCGUCUGCGAAAUAAACAAUACUUUGUCAACCGCAUCCCGUGAUAUUCAGUUUCACCUUUUCGAGAUGGGUAGGAUACGUAAACCAAGCGUUAUUAUAGUCGGCGCUGGUGUUGGUGGUGUCGCUACCGCAGCUCGAUUACGAAAGUCAGGAUGCGAAGUUACCGUGAUCGAGAAGAAUGACUUCACGGGAGGACGGUGCUCGCUAAUACACGAAGAUGGAUACCGAUUCGAUCAAGGGCCGAGUCUCUUGUUACUGCCUCAUCUUUUCCAUGAAACCUUCCGUGAGCUUGGAACUACAAUGGAGGAUGAAGGCAUCAAGCUCGUCAAAUGUGAGCCCAAUUACAACAUCCACUUUCACGACAACACAUCUUUCGCCUUAUCGACCGAUCUUGCCAUCAUGAAGUCCGAAAUCGAACGUUUUGAGGGCAAAGAUGGCUUCGAGCGCUACCUCUCGUUUCUGCAGGAAGCUCAUCGCCAUUACGAGCAUUCCGUAACGCAUGUUUUGAAGAAAAAUUUCUAUUCCCUAUUGAGCAUGACAAGACCAAGCUUUUUGCGGCAUGUCCUGCAGUUGCAUCCAUUUGAAAGUAUCUAUGGCCGGGCGAGCAAGUACUUUUGGACGGAAAGGCUGAGGCGCGUCUUUACUUUUGCUAGUAUGUACAUGGGGAUGAGUCCCUUUGAUGCUCCAGGAACCUAUUCCUUGCUCCAAUAUACAGAAUUGGCUGAGGGUAUUUGGUAUCCAAUUGGCGGUUUCCACAAGGUCGUCGAGGGCUUGGUGAACGUCGGCAAGCGCUUGGGCGUGAAGUAUCGCCUUAAAACUGGAAUCUCUCAGAUUCUACUAUCCGAAGACGGAACGCGAGCUAAAGGCGUCAUUCUCGAGGGCACUAAUGAAGUUCUUGAAGCAGACGUCGUUAUCUGCAAUGCUGAUCUUGUAUAUUCAUACACAAAUCUCUUGCCCUCGACAUCCUACUCGAAACGAUUAUCCAAACGAGAGGCCUCUUGCUCUAGUAUAUCUUUUUAUUGGGGCCUUGACAGAAGAUUCACGGAGCUUUCCGCGCACAAUAUCUUCCUCGCCGAGAACUACAGAGAGAGUUUCGAUAGCAUCUUCAAGAAACACUUGAUCCCCAACGAACCGAGUUUCUAUGUCAACGUACCCUCGCGCGUAGAUCCAACUGCUGCACCUGAAGGUUGCGACACCUUGGUUGUCCUUGUGCCCGUCGGCCAUCUACUCGAUUCUAUGACCGAAUUGCAUAAAGGUAAAUCAAACACCUCUGGUACAACCCAAAAUUGGGAUUCCAUGGUUGCAACAGCACGAAAGACUAUACUAGCGACUAUCGAAUCGCGUCUCAACAUCUCACUCGCCCCUCACAUUGUUCAUCAAUCCAUAAAUACACCUCCUACCUGGAGAGACAGAUUCAAUCUCGAUCGAGGAGCAAUUCUCGGUCUCUCUCACUCAUUCUUCAACGUCCUUUCCUUUCGACCCAAAACGAAACAUCCAAACAUCAAAUCUCUGUAUUUCGUAGGCGCCAGCACGCACCCUGGGACUGGUGUACCCAUUGUACUAGCUGGCGCGAAGUUGGUAGCCGAACAAGUCUUGUCCGAUCGCUCGUUGAGAACAGACUGGGCUAAGGAAGAGCAAAGAAGAAGAAAAGAACCAAAGUCGGGGGAGAUCGCCGCUCUUGAUCGCGUACAAUUCAUUCCUUUGUUGAGUUGGAUCCAUAUGGGGUUUGUGCUGCUGAUAGGUUUACUACUGAGCAUUUUUGGUCCCAUUGCGGCCCGGGUGGACUGGAAGCAGGGAACAGGGAGAUUCAUGGGAGAUUGGCGAUAGGUUGCAUCGGAAGGCUUCAAUUAAUCUUAGAAAUCUGGACAUCUAUUCAGUAUAAUUUCCACUAGAGCGGAGCAACGUGGUCAACGUAUUUCUCCCUUGGUGUAAGAGGACGAAAUCUCACGGGUAAUUGCGCAGCGCUGAUGCGCAUUAAAGAAAACUCAAGCCAAU